AUGGACCUCGUGUCCUCCGUGAUGCAAAACCUCACGCUCUUGGAACAAAAACUAAAGAAACAAGCACAAGAAAUCCAACUGAAGGAUAGGAGGAUUGCUGAACUUGAAGAGAAGAUGAAGACUCUUCAGAAAGGAGAAGAUGCUCCUGACCCAUCCACAGCAGAGGAACUGGAAACUAGGUGCCUACAGCUGCAGACCCAGGUCUGGGAGAUGGAGCGGUUUCUAAAUGACUAUGGUCUGAUUUGGGUUGGAGAGAGACAUGAACAGCUGGAAGAUUUAGAAUCGCUCAAGGAUGAAGAAGAGCUGCCAGCAAGGAGCCUAUGGAAGCCAGGUGAAGCAGUUGUUUCCAAACACCAGAUUGAUUUUGAUUUAAUCUUGGAAAACGUGAAGGAUUUGAAUGUGCUGGCUGGAGAAGGUGUUUCUCAAAUCGAGCACACGCCUGGGGGUGCCCGGCUGAGACAGCCAGAACCCCUCCCUCUCACGCUGUAUCAAAAUGGGAUUGUCAUGUUCGACGGACCCUUUCGGCCCUACGAGGACCCAUCCACACAGCAAUGCCUGCAGGAUAUUAUGGAUGGCUAUUUCCCUUCAGAGUUGCAGAUGCGCUACCCAGAUGGCAUCCCUUUGCAGGUCACUGACAGAAGGGAUGUGGUAUUUCGGGAGAGAGACCUUCCAGGGAGUUUUCCUGGCCAUGGCCAAGUGGUUGGCCAUUCAAAAUCAAGUGAGGUGCAGGAAACCGCUGAGAUCCCAGGUCCCAAACUCUCCUUGGAGCAGCUUCUCAACAAGUUUUCUAAGUCCUCAAAACACGGAGAAGUGAUUGGUGUCCAAGGCUCAGCCGGAGCAGUGCAGCAGGGCUCUGGUGGGGUGCGGAGCAGCGAAGAGAUCCUGGUGGAGACACCCAGACUGUCUGCCCUGGAGAGGGCGAAGACGGCUGAAGAGGCCGAAGCUUCUGCCCCCGAUGUCUGCACCCUCCGCAUCAAAUCUGAGAGUGGGGAGCAGAUGUAUAUUGUAAAGAUGCUGUUCACAGAGACCAUAGGGGACCUGCGCCAGCACCUUGCCCAUGCCAGGGGUGGAGACUCCGACUCGUAUGAGAUCAUCAGUACCUUUCCCCAGAGGGUGUAUGCAGACAACUCCAGGAGCCUGCAGGAAUGUGGCCUGAUCCCCAAUGCCUCCUUGCUGCUGCGGAGAAGAGACCCCUCCCAACAAGAGGGAACAGGGCUGCAAACAGCCUAA